AUGGAUGAUAGGGUGACCACUCCUCACCAUCCCUCUCCAAAGGGGGAGUUUGAAAUUGAGUCAUCGCGAUCACAUGGGAAACGAAUUCGCUUACACGAUGUCCGGACUGGUCAAUAUAAAUGGAAGGAGAAUAACGGAACCUGGUUGAAUAAAUCCGAGUACGUAUUUAUAAACACAGAUGGAGGACUAUCGUUGUUGCACAUUGACGGAGGACGUAACCUGAAUUUGAGAUUGUUGAUGAACAACUCAACAUUUAGACAAUUGAACGCUGACAAAUUUGUCGUUUCUCCUGAUCGAAACUAUGUCCUUUUAUACUCUAAUUUAGAGGAUUUUGGUAACGCAAGUUAUUACAUUUACGAGCUAGCUACAUCAAAUGUUUUCCCACUUUCGGCGAGAGAAGGAGAUCAAAAUGCACCAAGCUUGCAGUAUGUGCUUUGGGCACCGCGACCGCAGAUCAACAAUGGAAAUAGUGAAAGAGGAUCCUUUCAAGGAAUAGCGUUCGUACAAGAUGGUGACAUCUACUACAAGCCCAAAGUACAAAGUGAUUUGAUAUGUAGAAUCACUACAAAUGGGAAAAGCGAUUAUAUGUUGAACGGUGUACCGGAUUGGUUAUAUGCUAAUGUGGCAGAAUUGAAAAGUGAUUCGUUAUUAUUUUCCACGGAUGGACAAUAUGUGUCGUAUUUAUCGUUUAAUAUCUCUAAUGUGCAUCAGUAUCAGUACGUUUGGUAUGGCAAUAACGAUCAAUACCCUAGCAUUAGAGGCAUUCGCUACCCAAAGACCAAUUCACCUAACCCUAACGUGACGGUUCAUGUUGUCAACUUGAGUGUAUUGAAAUUUAUAUCGCAGAAAGUUAUUACAAUUCCUAAUUACAUAAGUAAUGAAAGUUACGUAGGAGGAAUGGUAUGGCUCUCCGCUUUAGAACUGUCAGUAACCUACACCAAUCGAGAGCAAAACAUUUCGCAUGUUUUGCUUUGUAUGGCACCGCAUUUUAUUUGCUCUGAGAUUUUCAGCGAGCGAGCAAUGGAAAAAGGAUGGGUUUUAAUUGCCGAGAAGCCAUUUUUUAUAACGACCGAAUCGAAACUCGUAGCGAAUACAACGAAUGAAAACAGCACCAUCGUUAUGGACACGAAAGCGGAUCCAAAGCAUGCUGCAUCAAAAUCGACUAAACGAAAUAUUUUUAUGCUUAAGCGUCUGAAUGUACGAGAUGGCUCACAUGGUUAUUUUCGACACAUCGCACUUAUUCCUGCUGAAACGAAAAAGCCAAUCAUUUUAACAUUUGGACGGUACGAAGUAACUGAAAUCUUAGGAUAUGAUAUGCAAGAAGAAUUUAUCUACUUCAUGGCUUCCCCGGAGCGGAAGCCUGGUCAACGUCACUUAUACAGAGCUAACUUAACCCUAUUUGAAAGUAUAGAGCUCAUGAGCAUGAACGCAAAGAACGUAAUGGUAAACUGUAUAUCUUGUGAGGACAGCCACUACGAUUCAUUCAGCUAUUUUAAGUCACAAAACGACACGAGCACACAUUUUCAUAUUCCGAAUAAUUGCUUGUACAAUAAAGUUUAUUUCAACUUUGAUUAUACAUAUUACGUUCAAGAAUGCUUAGGUCCAGAGUCACCAUCUUCAUACAUCGUGAACACGAUUUCGGGGAAGAAAAUAUUUAUUUUAGACAAUGGAAACCAUCUUCGAGAUAUGUUAAUUGAAUUUGCUAAACCCCAAAUAAUGACAUUCAGUGUUCAAAUAAAAUAUGAUUUCAACGCACAAGUCAAACUGUUCCUCCCACCGGGUAUUAAGGAAGACGACGACAUGCUGCUCCCGCUGAUAUUACAAGUGGAUGCUGCUCCAGAAUCACAGCUUGUUUCGGAAAGAUAUAAUUUCGAUUGGAACUGGUAUUUGUGUAGCUAUCAGUCUUAUAUUAUUGCUCAAAUUGAUGCAAGGGGAUCUGGUUUUCAAGGAGAAGCUCUUAAGACCCAAAUACGUGGUAGAGUUGGAAUAGAAGUAGAAGAUCAGCUGUCUGUUUUAACGUACUUACGUGAUAAUCUAAAACUGGUAGACCCUAAUCGUAUUUGCGCCUACGGAUGGGGAUACGGCGGAUAUAUCGUUUCUAUGAUGAUAGCGAGCGACUCAGAUAAUGUCUUGAAAUGUGGAGCUGCUGUGAAUCCCAUAGUAUCUUUCAAGUACUAUGACUCUUUUUUCACAGAGCGGUAUGUUAUACAACCAGCAGAUAGUGGCCGAUCUUUACUUGAUUCUGAUCUAUCGAUAAAGGCAGGAAAUUUUGCGAAUAAAAAGUACCUUUUGAUUCAUGGAACAGCAGAUACGCAAGUUCACGAGCAGCACGCCGCAUUACUGACGAAAUCAUUGAUCGAAGCGGGCGUCAUGUUUAGACAUCAGGUCUGUAUCUAA